UCGCGCCUCGCCGAUCGCUCCCGCUCCUGGGCGGGCGGGAAUCCGGCCCGGCGCUUGGCACCGACCGGGCUGCCGCGGCCCGGCGCUGCCCGCCCUCCUUCCCCGCCGUCCUUCCCUCCCUCCCUCCUUUCCCCCUCCUUCCCCGCCGUCCGUCCGUCCGUCCGUCCGUCCCUGCCCGCCCAGGGGCGUGCGCCGCGGGGCCGCUCCGCUCCUCCGGCGGCGUUUUCGUUUCCCGACGGGGCCUUCUCCACCCCGACCGGGGCAGCGGGCUGGCGCCGCCCGCCUCCCCUCCCUCCCGAGGACGGACAUUAAUCGGGUUUACCCAGCAGAGGGGAAAAAAACCCACAAAAAAAAAAAAAAAAGAGGACGCCAGACCCGCAAACGUGCACCCGUGCUGUAAACAAUGAAUUUGAAGGCGGCUGCUACGGCUCUAAUCCCGUGAAUACCGGACCCGCUUCUCCCCGGCAAUGCAUUUUGGGAUCCGCAGGAGGAUGCGUGCGGUGGCCGCAUGGAUGUGACUCGCCCCCGGGCGCCUCCUGGGCAGGGGCCGGCGGGGCGGGCUGCCCCCGACAUGGACGCCGUCCGCCGGCGGGGAGCGGUGCUGAGGCGCCGCUGAAGCGGGGGCCGCCCGCCCGGUGACCGGCACCCCCGUCGGGGUGACCCCCCCGAGCCGGGUCUCACACCGGGAGGAUUUCUUAUUAUUUAUUUUAUCGGGUUGCAGUGUUUUGUGGGUCGUGCAUUUCGAUCCGCCGCUCCCAGAAGCCCACCCCGCACCUCCCUUUCCCGGCCGGCCGCCGCCGCCCGAGCAGCGGGGACAGCCAUGUACCUUCUGGACAGCAGCGAGCCCCCGGCUGCCGCCGCCUCCCCGGAGAGGAUGCAGCGAGGGACCCCCCAGAGGAAAACCGUGUACCGCAUCUCCGUGACCAUGGUGAAGAAGGAGCUGCUGGGGCCGGAGGGCGGCCAUCCAGGGCCGGAGCUGCCCCGCCGCGGGGGGAGCCGGCCGCCGGGCUCCUCCAGCCUCACCAGGGCCGGGCUGCUGCUGGUGGAGGAGGAGGAGGGUGAGGAGGAGGAGGAGGGAGGCGGUGAGGAGCGGGACCGAGUCCCCAGCCCCUGCGGUUUCCGCAACUUCAGGACCCUCAGCACCGGGCAGCUGGAGCUGGGCCGCCUCAAGGUGCGGCGGGGAGGCGGGCGGCCCUUCCCGGCCCCGCUGCCCCUCGGCGGGCCGCGGGGCUGCCCUUCCCCGGAGCGGGGCCGCGCCCGGGAGCCGCCGGCGGCCACCUGCGGCGGGGACGGAGCCGGAGCCGCGGCGUCCCGCGAUGAGGAGGAUGAAGAGGGGGGCCCGGGGGCCCGCGGCCCGCCGUCGGGGGAGCGGGGCCAGAGCCCCCGGCGGCAGCCGGGCCUGCUGCGGCGGAGCUUCAGCUUCAGGCACUGGAGCGGCGGCGGGGAGCAGCCGGGGGCGCGGGGGCCGGGCCGGGUGCGGCGGCACAGCAGCUCCGGUUGCCUCCCCGGGCCGCCGCCGAGCCAAGGGACGCGGGGGUCCCCGCCCGCGCCCGCCACCCCCGUCGUUACCCCCGAGAAGCGCAACACGCUGGACGUGGGCGAGGUGCUGAGCCAGGCCGACCCCCUCUCCCGGCUGGAGCGCUGGGAGCGGAGCAAGAGCAAGAACCGGACUCUGGAUAACAGCGACCUGCAGCGGCUCUCCGAGCGGCUGGGGCCCGCCUCCGCUGUCCAGGAGCACCGCCGGCUGCUGCGCUUCUUCAGCAGCAUCUUCGCCCGCAAGGACGGCGGUACCGCCGCUCUCUUCGGCAGCCCCCACGGGCGGUCCCCCCGCAGCAGCUUCUCCAGAUCCAGGGUUUAUUUUAGCAGCCUCAGGAGAGCCACCGCAGACAUGCAGUCUAGCUCCGAGAGCAUCAACGGGUCCCCGCACAAAGAUGCCUUUGUAAAUAGCCAGGAAUGGACACUAAGCCGAUCUGUGCCAGAACUGAAAGUGGGGAUUGUGGGUAACCUAGCGAGUGGCAAGUCUGCCCUCGUACACCGAUAUCUGACUGGCACAUAUGUCCAAGAGGAAUCACCUGAAGGUAUGUGGAUACACAAAUUUAACUGAUUUCUCCCUGCCCCAGCUCCCCAACUACAUCUUUACUCAUUUUUAAUCAUGCAGAAAUGAGUUAGUAAAGAAUCCGAUUUGCUAUUUCAGUGUUCAUGGAGAUUUUUCCUUUAACAUUCUCCAGACUGAGACAAGUAUAUAUGAUGAGUAUAAUUGUAGCUUUUUUCAUAACUACUUAACAUCCUUCAGUACUUUGGCAUCCAGUAUGUGUCCACGUGGGAAACAUCUAGUCCUGUAUUGAGAAGAAUUAACUGCUCUCAGUAGUGCUGCUGCUUUCCGUUUGGCUGUUGAAAGCCACAAUUACUGUAUCUAGUACUGGAUUUCUGCAGAAUCGGGCCCUUUGGUUUGUGAUGUUGGGAGAAUAAAAAAAACUUAACAAACUAAAGAUGAAACUUUUUCCUUGUUUAGUAUAUCACAUCUUUGGUUUUGAAGCGUUUGUUUCUCUUUUUUUUAAUGUUCUUAUGCCAUAGAAAAUUAAUUUAUAUGUGAAAACAUCGUAGUGUUUAACAUUAAUCCAAGUUUAUAGCUUGAAAUAAAAAAUAUCGUAGUACCUUAUAGAGGUGUAUCUUACACUAAAUACCGGUGUUUUAUUUUUUAUUUUUCUGGUUUUUUUUUUGGUUUGUUUGUUUUGUUUUUAACCUAUUCUCCUUAUGAACUUUUAAAUCCAACUCUGAGACACUGAAUUUCUGGUUCCUUCUUUUGCUUACUGGCUGUUCCAUUCUUUGCAGAUAUGGAUGCAGGUAACUAUACAUUGUCUUCAUGGCAGCUCUUGUUUUGAAGAGACAGACGGCAGUUUCUGUACUACAGUGUUUUCCCCUUGUUUUGUGUAUCAUUCUGAUUUGUUUCCUUUUGAUUUCAAGUCUUUAGUACAUCUCACUGUUUUUGUCUCUUGCUGUAGUUGUCUUUUCAGCAAUAGUUUGUAGCUUCAUGCA